AUGGUAAUGUUAAAUGAGAUUAUCUUGAGAUUUAAUUGUUAUACUCGUGCCGACUUUUUCUCGGAGAAGAUCUUACUCAUUGUAGUAACUGCGUCAAUCUAUAUGUUAACAAGAAAAACAUGUGAGCCAACGCAACAAAGUGUAUUGGAGACAAUAACGGGAUCCUUUGAAAAAAUAUUUGGUUUAUUGGUUAUGUUCGAUACUAUACCCUCUCAUCUAUGCACUGUAUACUAUUACGCAAAUCACUAUGUGUCAAUGGCUGGAAUCACUUAUAACGAAAUUUUCAACUUAUUGUUAUUCUGGUCAGAGAGCUUCCAAGUCGAGAAUUAUAUAGUAGCUGAUAUUUUCCGAAUCCCACUUCGAGAUUUAAAUAUGAUGGAGCUUCAUUUCCUCACUACAAUCGAAUACCAAUUUAAAAUCAUAGUGGAAGAUGUCCAAGUUUUAUUGUCUUCAAUCAACAUCAAAUCCAUUCUCCAAAAAUCAUUGCCACCUCAAUUAACCAACAACAAUAAUUUCAAUAUGAUAUCACAAGUAACUACACCAGAAGUAAUAACACCACAAGUAAUACCACCAUCGUAUACAACUCAAAUACAACAUACAAUGUCAUCCAGCGAAAAAUUACCACCCAGCUUCAAUAUGAAAUGGCGCUUCCUCAGUGAUUGGCGCAAAAAACUAAAGUUCAAAGAGAUGACAAUAAAAGAGAUAAUUAGCAAAUAUAGAAUAUAUAAUCAAGAUGAACUUGAAAAAAUGACAACAAAAGAGCUUGUCAAUGUAAUGAAAACAUUUUCAUUGAAACAUACUUAUUUUAGAAAAGAUUUGCUUAUUAAAGAUAUCACCAAAUAUCAACAACAUAUCGCAUUUGUAGAAUCAAAACUUAAAAACAACCCAAUGGAAAACUAUCAUCGUGGUACUGUUCAAUAUCUAUUGCCAACUUUGAUCAUCUUUCAAAUUAUACGUUUUGUCUGGCAUAAUGAUAUCGAUUUGGGCACUCAUAAUACUUGUUUUAAAUACCGAUGGGUUCUCUCUAUUGCCAUGGUUUCCAAACAGAUAUUCCACCAGAUAUCAUCAAUGUUCAAUCGAUUAUCACUUUUAAAGCCUGGUUCUAGUCAAAGUAUAGCAUAUGAACUCAUGAACUCUAUAAUCAAUCCUUUUUCAGUAGUCAAAAAUAUAACAAAUUUAACAAUACCACUCGAAACUUUCAAUCAAUUUACAACUACUUAUAAAUCAACCUUUUCACCCGUUGAAUUAGGAUUGAUCUUUAACAGUGUUAGAAAGUUCAAUUUAAUUCACAAUGAAGAGCAAUUCCUUGACUUGAAUAGAGAUACAAACAUCAAUAAAGCUAGUGGAUAUGCCAUAGUUAAAUCGAAAUACCGACCCAUUACAAAAUAUGCUAUCGGACCUUUUUUAACUUAUGCCAAGAAGAUCUACAAACCUUCAGAGAAUCAUAUUGACAACAACGAGGUGGAGGAAACCUAUCCAAAUCUCCACCUGUCUAUCGAUAUCUCUUUUGUAAAUCCUAUUUAG